AUGAACAUCACUAACUGUACCACAGAAGCCAGCGUGGCUGUGAGACCCAAGACCGUCACUGAGAAGAUGCUCAUUUCCAUGACCCUGGUGAUCAUCACCUCCCUGACCAUGUUGCUAAACUCAGCCGUGAUCAUGGCCAUCUGCACCACCAAAAAGCUCCACCAGCCUGCCAACUACUUGAUCUGCUCUCUGGCUGUGACGGACCUGCUGGUAGCAGUCCUGGUGAUGCCCCUUAGCAUCAUGUACAUUGUCAUGGACAGCUGGAAGCUAGGGUACUUCGUCUGUGAGGUGUGGCUGAGUGUGGACAUGACAUGCUGCACCUGCUCCAUCCUCCAUCUCUGUGUGAUUGCCCUGGACAGGUACUGGGCCAUCACCAACGCUAUUGAGUAUGCCAGGAAGAGGACCGCCAAGAGGGCUGGACUGAUGAUCCUCACCGUCUGGACCAUCUCCGUCUUCAUCUCCAUGCCCCCUCUGUUCUGGAGGAGCCACCGCCGACUCAGCCUGCCCCUUAGUCAGUGCACCAUCCAGCAUGACCACGUCAUCUACACCAUUUACUCCACACUUGGGGCAUUUUAUAUCCCCUUGACUUUGAUACUGAUUCUCUAUUACCGGAUUUACCAUGCAGCCAAGAGUCUUUACCAGAAAAGAGGAUCAAGCCGGCACUUAAGCAACAGAAGCACAGACAGCCAAAAUUCGUUUGCGAGCUGUAAACUUACACAGACUUUCUGUGUGUCUGACUUCUCCACCUCAGACCCCACCACAGAGUUUGAAAAGAUCCACACCUCCAUCAGGAUCCCUCCCUUUGACAAUGAUCUCGAUCAUCCGGGAGAACGCCAGCAAAUCUCUAGUACCAGGGAGCGCAAGGCAGCACGCAUCCUGGGCCUGAUUUUGGGGGCAUUCAUUUUGUCGUGGCUGCCAUUUUUCAUCAAAGAGUUGAUUGUAGGUCUGAGCAUCUACACCGUGUCCUCCGGAGUGGCUGAUUUUUUGACAUGGCUUGGUUAUGUUAAUUCUCUGAUCAACCCUCUGCUCUACACAAGUUUUAAUGAGGACUUUAAGCUGGCUUUUAAAAAGCUCAUUAGGUGCCGAGAACAUACUUAG